CAGUUUAAAAGCAUAUUUCUAACUACUUUUCUAGCGUGGUGAAAUAGAUAGACGUUCAAUUGUACGGCCAUAAUGGCACAGUAUACCAAUAAUUUAACCGUCGAUCCAAAAUCCGGCUAUUCUCCGGCGAACUCAACUUUCUACAGCAAACGUAAACCGAUUCCGUUUCCGGCGAAUGAAUCUCUUGAUGUAACCACUUUCAUUUCUUCACGAGCACAUAGUGGGAAAAUCGCUUUCAUCGACGCUACGACUGGUCGGAAACUCACUUUCUCCGACGUCUGGAACGCUGUUGAAUCCUUAGCUACCAGUCUAUCCGUUGAUAUGAGUAUUCGUAAAGGUGACGUUGUUCUUCUCCUUUCUCCUAAUUCCAUCUUCUUCCCCAUUAUUUGCCUCGCCGUAAUGUCACUCGGAGCUAUAAUCACUACAACAAAUCCACUCAACACGAACAACGAAAUCGCUAAACAGAUCAAGGAUUCAAACCCUGUUCUCGCCUUUACAAUUCCUCAACUCCUCCCGAAACUCACCGGAUCUAAUCUCCCGGUGAUUCUAAUCGACGGAGUGAAUGAUUCAAAUUCAAAUCUCAAAAUUGUUGGGGAUUUACAAAAAAUGAUUCAGAGAAAACCCAGUGAAAGCAGAUUGAAAGAGCGAGUUACACAAAACGACAUAGCUACUCUGCUUUACUCAUCUGGUACUACCGGAGCAAGCAAAGGAGUUAUUUCGUCUCACAAAAACCUAAUCGCCAUGGUUCAAACUAUUGUCGGUCGAUUCAAUCUAGACGAAGGUGUACAAACCUUCAUUUGUACUGUACCUAUGUUUCACAUUUACGGAUUAGCAGCGUUUGCAGCUGGGUUAUUAGCAUCUGGAUCUACAGUUGUUGUAUUAUCAAAAUUCGAAAUGGAUGAAAUGCUCUCAUCGAUUCACAAAUACAAAGCAACUUCUCUACCAUUAGUGCCUCCAAUUCUCGUUGCGCUUGUUAACAACGCUGAUUUGAUUAAGAAAAAAUAUGAUUUGAGCAGCUUGGAGAGUGUUCUCUCCGGCGGUGCGCCGUUGAGUAAGGAAGUAAUUGAAGGAUUUGUAGAGAAGUAUCCAUCUGUGAGGAUUUUGCAAGGGUAUGGGUUGACGGAGUCGACCGGAAUUGGGGCGUCGACGGAUUCUUUGGAGGAGAGCCGGAGAUAUGGAACGGCGGGAAUGUUGUCGCCGAGCAUGGAAGGGAAAAUUGUUGAUCCGGAGAGUGGGAAGGCUUUGCCGGUGAAUAAGACCGGUGAGCUUUGGCUAAGAGGGCCUACCAUUAUGAAAGGUUAUUUCAGUAAUGAAGAAGCUACUGCUUCCACUCUAGACUCUGAUGGAUGGUUAAGAACUGGAGAUCUAUGCUAUAUAGAUGAAGAUGGUUUCAUUUUUGUGGUUGAUAGAUUAAAGGAGCUCAUCAAAUAUAAAGGAUAUCAGGUUCCUCCAGCAGAGUUAGAGGCUUUGUUGCUCACUCAUCCAGACAUUUCUGAUGCUGCUGUUAUACCGUUUCCGGAUAAGGAGGUAGGACAGUUUCCUAUGGCAUAUGUAGUACGAAAAACUGGAAGUACUAUAUCAGAGAGUGCAGUCAUGGAUUUCAUCGCGAAACAGGUUGCUCCAUACAAGAGAAUUCGGAGAGUUGCAUUUGUGGCUUCCAUACCCAAGAAUCCUUCUGGCAAAAUACUUAGGAAGGAUUUAAUAAAGCUAGCAACAUCAAAACUCUGAGAACAAAAGUUAUGAUUUUUGCAUUUUAGUAAGUGUGACUUUUUCAGCAGCCAUAGUGUUGUUAUUGUGCUAAAUAAUGAGUGUAUACUGAAGCUUAUUCUUGUUGAUUAUAAGUAAUUUGAAGAGUUCUAUCAUCU